AUGACAGCCUACUACUGCCCCGCGGUUCUGGGGACCCGGGCUCCAGGGGAUGCCCCGGCGGGGGCCGGCCCGGCGGCCAGGACCCCCGCGCAGGUGCUGAAGGAGGGGGUGCUGGAGAAGCGCAGCGGGGGGCUGCUGCAGCGCUGGAAGAAGAAGCGCUGCCUGCUGACCGAGGAGGGGCUGCGGCUCUUCGAGCCCGGCGGCUCCCGCUGCAAGGAGCUCGGCUUCGCCCGCAUGCGGGCGGUGGAGUGCGUGGAGUGGAAGCGGCGGCACGUCUACUUCACCGUGGUGACCGAGGGCGGCGACGAGAUCGACUUCCGCGGCCCGCGGGAGGAGCCCGGCUGGAGCGCGGAGAUCGGGCUGGGGCUGGUGCGGUUCCAGAACCGCCGGGCCCUGCAGAACGUGCGGGCCCGGCACGGGGGCAGGCCGGCAAUCCAGUAUGACACAGCCCCGAGCGGCCAGGCCACAGACCCAGAGGGAUGCAAGGGAAGGACGGGGAUGCUGAAAGGGCGCUUGCCCGCUGGCAGGGAAAACGGAGUCCCUGGCUGUGAGUGAAAGCGGGGCCCUGGCUUCGAGAGGGACAGCAGGCGUUUCAGCGCCAAAGGCCCGAUAAGCCUGGACCAUGUGUGCCACUAGCUGCUGCGAACCACCCCCCAUCCCUGCUGGGCCAUUCCUGCUUCCCAACAGCCAUAGGCUGCGGCACUGGUCUCCAAGCGCUCCGUAUAGCUUGGCCCAGGGGUCCGGGGCCCAGUGGUCCAGUCAAGGGCCUGCUGGAGAGGUAGGAAGAGGAGCACCCGGUGGGAUAAAAGCCCAGGAUGACAGCAAGAACCAAAGUAAGAUUGUUUCACGUCUCACCGGCCUGCUGCUGGCUGGACACCAGAAGGGACUCGACUGUGCUAGUGGGCCGGAGAGCCCAUCCUGCACGCUGGACCUGCCAUGUAUCUGCUGCCCAGGCUCAGCCAGGCAUCUUCGUGAUCCAGAGGUGCAUCCCUUCCGUCUCGUGGGACAAGCUGCCCCGUAGCUGAGCCGGUUGGGGCCGUGAUGAACUGGAAGUCAGCUGCCCUAUGUCUCUUCUCCUUAGACUGUUCCUCUGGACUGGAGUAGCUGGAGAUCCAAGCUGAAGAUGCGAAAUUUCAGCAUCCAGAGAAUUAGCCUGGUGGGAUGUCAGGUUGUAGGUGGGGGUG